CCGUGAUUGACUCAACAAUGGCUCGACAUUUUAUUCUGUGCAUUGGAUACCUCCUGGCAUCAAUGGUGUAUGUUCUCGCUCAGAACGAGUGUUCUAAGAUUCCGCCAGAGUUAGAAAAGGCAUCUAAAGACUGUUGUCAACCCCCCAAGCUCAAGGAAGGGAAUGCCCAAAACAAAUGUGCAAAAAUCGACAAUAUUUUUUGCCUAUUGGAGUGCGUGUUCAAUGAGACCCAAAUUAUUCAAAAUGGACAGGUGAACACAGCCAAUUUGAAAGCUCGUUUUGAUGUCGAAUUACAACCUGACCCCGAAUACAUUCCGAUUGCAAUGAAUGCUGUUCAGACGUGUUAUACAUUUGUAACACAAAAAAUGAAAAACAAAGAUGAAAAAGUUGGUGGAUGUAGUGUUUUGCCGUCUCUAGUGUCUGAAUGUACGGAUACGCAAAUAUUUGUCAAUUGUCCAGCCAAUAAGUGGAAAAGUAAUCAAUUGUGCGAUUCAGCUAAGGCUUACCUGAAGAAAUGUCCCGUUUUAAAUUUUCCCAUGAACAAUUAAGUGGAAAUUAAAACUAUCUUAAAUGUGAAAUUUGACCGGAGAAGAUCACUUUCAAAUAUUUUCAGUGAAUUAAAAAUAUAAAUAAACAUGUAAUACCAUAUAUUUUAAAAUAGAAACUGCACAUUUGCAUUACCAUUUUUUAAAUUUACAAAAACGAUACAAUAUGACUUCAAUUUACCACCGAGUGUCUUCAAUUGUUCAAGAAAGAAAAUAAUUGAUAAGAAAAGUGAAAUGGAAGCUUGUUAAAAUAAAUUAUACCUUAGGGUGCUUUUUAAAAGCCAUAAGUAUGAUUACUUCGGAAUCGGUAGCUAGACCCAUGAGAUAUGAAUGGUUUUGGGAUUACCUUAUAUGACGAUUUUAUUUGUAGGUAUUCAAUUGUGCACUAUUUUUAACAGCCAUUUUUACAAUUCUUCUGAAGAGUACAGUAUUGGAUGAAGUCCAUUUCAGUUAGCAUAGGAACAAGAAGUGAGCUUCAUU